CUUGUUGUUGUUUUUCUCCUUAUAAACGUCUUUACUCCCGCCGUCUUCUCCUCCGCCUUGACCGUCUCGUCUCCCGGCUGCUCUCACAUCAGCAGGACCGGACGGAUGUGUAAUCUCCAGCUGUGUGGCUCCCGUCCCGCAGGCAGGGUCGGCCAUGUUGUUGUGUGGGGGUUGAUGUAAGUUUGGUAGUAGGAAGUACAGGCGACAAAGAGCUGGGACACUUGAGGAUCUCACUUUUUUUCCCCCUUAAAUCCCCCGUCAUGCUGCUGCUGGAUUCAUCCUGUCUUGACAACAAUGACUGUCGCCUCCGCCGGCCUGAAAGACGGGAACACUGAUCUGAUUUAACUUCCAGCACUAAUAAUUCACCACAGUUGCUCUGCUGGAUGGAUGAAGUGAGGAUGAAGGCGGUUCGGUCCCGGCUGGAAUAACUCAAUUAUUAUUAUUAUUUCCCCCCGCUGGACCUGAUUCAAGGUGGGCAAGAGGGGGGGCGGGGGAAGAGAGGAACAGACAGAAAACGGGACGCGGAUUUGUGAAGGCAGGAAGAGACGAUGGGCUGCAUAAAGAGCAAAGAGGAAAAAGGCCCUACGAUGAAGUAUCGGCCAGAAAACUCCACAGUGUCGGACCCCAGCACCACAACCACCACACCUCAUGUAGGUCACUAUGGACCAGAACCCACCCAGCUGCAGCAGAAUCAGCCUAACUCCUCUUCAUCGGGCGCAGGGGCCGUAAACUUCAACCACACCCUCACGCCGUUCGGUGGCUCCUCGUCUGCCAUGACUCCCUUCGGAGGGGCGUCGUCCUCUUUCUCCGGUCCUGUGUCCAACUCCUUCUCUGGUGCUGUCUCAAGUGGUGUUACCUUUUUUGUGGCCUUGUAUGACUAUGAAGCUCGUACAUCAGAUGAUCUUUCAUUUAAAAAAGGAGACCGCUUCCAGAUCAUCAACAACACAGAAGGAGACUGGUGGGAGGCUCGCUCCAUCAACACGGGGAGGAAAGGCUACAUCCCGAGCAAUUAUGUGGCCCCUGCUGACUCCAUCCAGGCUGAAGAGUGGUACUUUGGUAAAAUGGGACGCAAAGAUGCUGAGAGGUUGCUGCUGAAUCCUGGGAACCAUCGAGGAACUUUCCUGGUGCGAGAAAGUGAAACUACUAAAGGUGCUUAUUCUCUCUCAAUACGAGACUGGGAUGAAGCCAAAGGAGACAAUGUGAAACACUACAAGAUUCGCAAGCUUGACAACGGGGGAUACUACAUCACCACGCGGGCACAGUUUGACACAUUACAGAAGCUUGUCAAACACUACUCAGAGCAUGCAGACGGGCUUUGCCACAGGCUGACCACGGUGUGCCCUACAGUCAAACCUCAGACCCAGGGACUUGCUAAAGAUGCCUGGGAGAUUCCCCGGGAGUCCCUGCGACUGGAGCUCAAACUGGGCCAGGGCUGCUUUGGCGAGGUCUGGAUGGGCACAUGGAAUGGCACCACCAAGGUGGCCAUAAAGACGCUGAAACCGGGCACCAUGUCGCCCGAGGCCUUCCUCCAAGAGGCUCAGAUCAUGAAGAAGCUCAGACACGACAAGCUUGUGCCUCUUUAUGCUGUGGUGUCUGAGGAACCCAUUUACAUCGUGACAGAGUACAUGGCCAAAGGAAGCUUGCUUGACUUCCUCAAAGAGGGUGACGGCAAAUUCCUGAAGCUCCCCUUGUUGGUGGACAUGGCUGCACAGAUCGCUGACGGCAUGGCUUUCAUCGAGAGGAUGAACUACAUCCACAGGGACCUGCGUGCUGCCAACAUUCUCGUUGGAGACAACCUGGUGUGCAAGAUCGCCGACUUUGGUCUGGCCAGGUUGAUAGAGGACAAUGAGUACACUGCGAGGCAAGGAGCCAAAUUCCCUAUUAAAUGGACGGCCCCAGAGGCUGCUCUGUACGGCCGCUUCACCAUCAAGUCAGACGUCUGGUCCUUUGGGAUUUUACUCAUUGAGCUCGUCACCAAAGGCAGAGUGCCAUACCCAGGCAUGGUGAACCGUGAGGUACUGGAGCAGGUGGAGCGAGGCUACCGCAUGCCCUGCCCCCAGGGGUGCCCCGAGUCCCUGCACGAGAUGAUGAAACUGUGCUGGAAGAAGGACCCAGACGAGAGGCCCACUUUCGAGUACCUCCAGUCUUUCCUGGAGGACUAUUUCACGGCCACAGAGCCACAGUACCAGCCUGGAGAGAACCUAUAGCCUGCCUGGGCUCAAGCUGCGUAUCCCUACGCCUGGGUGCAGACGUGAGCUCGUAAUUAUUCGACCCUAUAAAAAGUCGACUGGAAAACAGGCUGACCAGUUGCAUAAACCACUACUUGCUCUACCCAUUCUUGAUUUUUGUUUGCUUUCAGCCACCAUUUUGUUUGAUUUUCAUAUUCUUUUGUUUUUAUUCAUGGUACUUGCCAAGUCUUACCUGUGUGAAAUGUUUGGUUUUUAAUGUGGAUUUUAUGACCCUGUACAAUAAUGACUGUGGGGAGAAGAAACAAAUUUAUUUCAGUUCCAUUUUAAAUACACUACGGUGUCUUGCUGUGAAGUGAGCUGCGAUAACCUUGCUGUUGAAACCCAUAUUGUUGAGAAUGGCCAUCCAACUGUAGGUCUUUAAUGUGGUUUAAUGUUCUGAUCUCUGCUCCUACAUGGUAUUCUUUUGUGGUCAGUUGAUAGAUUGGAGUUCAAAAUGAUUAAUUAUUGACAGAUAGUAAUAUAUUAAACUAAAAAGGAGGAAGCUCUCAGGGCACUGAAGGUCAUUAUCACAGUGAUUAUUUAAAAAUAAAUCCCACACAGCUCAACUUCAGUUACAGUUCAUCAGCUACAGUGCAGUUUUUUCUUUUUUUUUUUUUUACGAAUGGGUGACUAGAGACUGUGACAUAAUCUUUUUAUGCCUUUCUGAAAAAAUGUUACGAUGCAUUUUAACGUUAUGUUCCAUUGUUAUUAUAAGAAGUUAAUAUUAUCACAGUGUAUUCAUAUCACAUGGACCUGGUUUUUGUUUGAAGACUUUCCCAACAGUUCAUCGUCAUGCAGAAACGUCUGCUCACACUGCUCAGUCAUAAUUAUUUCUGUCCUUCACUGUCUGGGUUGUGUGAUGUCACUGUGAUCACUGCAGGGACGUGCCGAAACACAGGUGGUGCAUUUAAUGGGUCAGUGAGUUAAACAGUGAUGAAACUCGUGGACUUAUGGCUUCUUUACAAGCCAGAAUGACACUUCACAAUCUCACCUAACCAAACCGAGGAUACAGGAAGAUUUGGCCGGGUAUAAAACUCCUUCUGAAAGUGGAAGUCAUCGUCUGAGCUGCCGAAUAAGUUGGAAACAAGCACUUCGUUUUAUCUUCUAAAAUGUGACUGAACAAGAGCUUGUUUUUCUUUUGUGUUCAUGCAACUGAGGUGGCUCUGCAAAGACUGCUUGUUCUGCAUUGAGUACAGUUUUUUUUAGUGAUUUUACAGCAGCAUUUUGCUCACUGAGACAGUAUUAUCACUAAUAACACUAACUGACGCCUGAGCUUGUUAAGAAGGGCUUUGUAUCUUAUAAAAUCCUCAUUUUAUAAAAUUAUUAGUAAAAUGGGCAAGUUUGCAAAAUGUAUUUGGGCGGGAAGUAGUGGGUGGAGACUCACGAGUGAAUUUGUACAAUAAAGACGUGAUUUUACAUAG